AUGUCUUACGAAGCUUCAUAUAGAGUGUUUCCUAGCUCUUGUCGACAACAGUUCGGGGGAAAUCCCGGACACACACCUGAUAUUUUAUCCGGAAACUGGAAGAACCAAGGUACAGAGAAGGCCGAGUACCUCGAUCUUGACAAGAUAGACAACAACUUCCAGUCUUACGAGAGCAAUGGCAACAUUGUGCACACAGUGCAAAAUCGAUAUAUCGAUGAUCGAUCACGAUGUGAUUCACAGGGCUAUGAUAUCGGAAUCCACGACAACUACAGCUUCGGCGUCAGUAAUCAAAGGGCCAUGACACCAUUUGACAUGAGAUACACAAUUCCCAGACAACCAACUGGAGACCAAGGGUGCACAACAAGCAUGCAGUCUACAACACUCCCUCGCAAACUCUGUGUGUCUGAUCAUAACAGUAUUGAGCAGUGUGAAAGCUUGUUAUGUGCAGUUUGUGGGGAUAAGGCCAAGUGUCAACAUUACGGCGUCAGGACUUGUGAGGGCUGCAAGGGAUUCUUCAAGAGGACAGUUCAAAAGAGCCCUAAUUACGUAUGUGUCGGGGAUAAGAAGUGCAUGAUCGACAAAGGGAGGAGAAAUCGGUGUCAGAGCUGUCGAUUUCAGAAAUGUUUGUCUGUUGGAAUGACGAAGGAAGUUGUACGAAGUGGAUUCCUGAAGGGUCGCCGAGGGAGAUUACCGUCAAAGUCGAAACAUGCCCUGUACUACUCGUCACCUUCAAGAACCUGA